GAUAAUUCAUAAUCUCGCAUUAAUUAACAAUAAAAUAAAAAGCUGGAACUUGUUUAGUAAACAAGCCUCCACCAUCCAGCCAAUUGCGAUUAAGAUCCUGGGCCCUACCUACUUUCGAGUCUCUUAUUUAAAUGCUUCAGAGCCAAGUCCUCAGUUUGUGCUAAGAAAUAGUUGCGUUUUCAUCAAUAACUUUUUAUAUAUUAUAAUUAUGACUACGUACACUGAUAAAGGCCCUAAGCCGGUCGGUGGAAAAUUUAUAGCAUUUGAUCACCUGAAAUUGUGGGUAGGAAAUGCUAAGCAAGCAGCAGGAUUUUAUUGCGCGAGAUUCGGUUUUGAACCUCUGGGUUAUCGAGGAUUGGAAACGGGAUCACGGAAAUUAGCUUCUCAUGCUGUCAAACAAAAUAAAAUUGUCUUCGUUUUUGAAUCUGCAUAUGAACCAGAUGAUAAAGAGAUGUCUCAGCAUUUAGCACGUCAUGGAGAUGGUGUUCGAGAUAUUGCUUUCAGUGUUGAAGAUAUUGAUACAAUUGUACGUAUUGCUAAGCAACGAGGCGCUAAAAUAGUCAAAGACAUUUGGGAAGAAAAAGAUGAGCAUGGUACUGUCAGGAUGGCUACUGUUCAAACUUUCGGUGAUACCUUGCACACUUUUGUUGAUAGAACUAAGUACCAUGGACAUUUUCUUCCUGGAUAUGCUGAUGUGCAACCUGAUCCUAUUACUAGACUCUUACCACCAACAAAAUUGGAUUUUAUUGAUCAUUGUGUCGGUAAUCAACCUGACCAACAAAUGGAACCAGUUGCCAAGUGGUACGAGCAGUGCCUACAGUUUCAUAGAUUUUGGUCAGUUGAUGAUACGCAGCUUCACACUGAAUUCUCAGCACUUCGUUCAAUUGUAAUGACCAACUGGGAAGAGACAGUUAAGAUUCCGAUAAAUGAACCAGCGCCGGGGAAAAGACGGUCUCAGAUUCAAGAAUUCGUUGAGUAUUACGGAGGUCCUGGUAUCCAACAUAUUGCGUUAAAUACGAGUGACAUAAUUAAGUCAAUUGAAAACUUAAGAGCACGUGGAGUCGAAUUUUUGUAUGUUCCGGACAGUUAUUAUGAUAUGCUACGAGAGAAAUUAAAAUCGAGUAGCACUAAAAUAAUUGAAGAUCUUACCAUUCUACAAAAACUUAAGAUUCUUAUUGACUACGAUGAAAAUGGUUACCUUCUGCAAAUCUUCAGUAAAAAUGUUGAAGACCGGCCGACACUUUUUAUCGAAAUUAUUCAACGUAGAAACCAUAACGGUUUCGGAGCUGGAAAUUUCCAAGCAUUAUUUGAAGCGAUUGAAAAAGAACAAGAAAGACGUGGGAAUUUAUAAAAUAUUUAAAAUUUAAAAUAUAAAAAAAGUAUGAAAUUAUGAACUUAUAGGGCGACAACUGCUCAGGCACGUUCAGGGCGACUCUCUGCACAAGAAAAGAGUUUCAAUUCAACUACAAAACGCGUGCUCGCUUAAACUAAAUUUACCAUCAAAAUGUAACGAGAAAAUGACUUUAUAAUUUUGAAAUUCUAUAACUCGUUAAAAUAUUAACAAAUGAAUAAUAAUUAAGAAUUUUUGGUUAAAAUUUAUUAAAAAUAUUGCGGUUUUAUAAUUUUAUAAAUUUGAAUUUAUUUUCAAUUUAAAAAAAAAAUAAAGCUAUUUAAAUUUAAUUGUACUUUAUUUAAACAAUUUUUUUAAGCUUUAUAAUUUAUUUUGUUGUAUAAAAACUCUAGGUAUUAUUUAAUGAAAUGUAGUUGUAGUAAAACAAAACAAUUAGUUAAUAAUUAAGAUAAAAAAUUAAUGAGUAAACAAGAAAAAAACUAAAGAUGUCAUUAAGUUUCAUAAUUAAUAU